AUGGCCAUAUUUUUAGAAGAUCCUAGAUAUGCUCCUUUAAAUCCCUUCAGAUAUAUACUUAUUAAUAAUAAUUUCCCUCUUUUUGAAGGACUAUUUACUAGUAUGUAUCCUAUAUACAAAUGUCAAGAGGCAAAGAAGAACCCUGUUUGGUAUUAUAGCCAAAUAAAGUGGUAA